AUGACGAAAUAUCUUUUCGGUGAGACGAUUACGAUAUAUCAGCGAGAUAUCGUUUUCAAUCUGGAAUCUCUAGUUCCGCGAACUCGGAGUAUCGUUCUUGUCGGUCAUGAGUUUAGAAAUGAUCUGAAAGUCUUACAGCUUCUUCGUUUUGACCUACAUACGUCGAUCGUGGGUCUUCCAGACACAGGAAAGAUUGUCUCCACAACAUCACCAAACAUUCCUAUCACACUUAGCAGCAUCCUGAGCGAGCUUCAAUGUCCUUUUCAAAAUCUCCACGUUGCUGGAAAUGACGCCGACUUUACUUUACGGAUAUUACUGCUAUUAGCAACAAGAAACUACACAGAUGAAGUGGUUGAUAGCAAACAUCAAGAGAUUCUGACCGCGCCAAAGGCAACCACAAAUCUUUCUAUACCCAAACGGUCGGAUCCUCAGGCAAAGAAUAUCAAGAAGAAGCAGAGGGGAUUCCAAAAGAAUAAAAAACAUCAAUCUGAGUCGUGGGACAUGGAAACACAGGGCCAAAUCCGAGCAGAACGGGCAGCACGGAGAGCAGAGAAAGAGAGUAAUGAGGGUAGACUCGAGGGCUUCGUGACGGCGAGAGGCAAUUCGGUCCCACACCAUACUUGUUGA